UCUCCCUCCCACUUCCCUCCCCUCUCUAGUCUCAACUCUUGUCAGAAUCUUGAACCCCCCUUCGCCCUCUCCUCGUCUCCUCCCAUCUCCGCUCCCAAGGAGAGAUCUCAUCACCCCAUUCUCAAAUCGACGCCAAAACCAAAACCCGAACCCAUCGAUCGAUCCAAAAGCGCGCCCCAAUCCCACCAAAUCCUCCUUAAAUUCGCCAUCAAAUGCCCCAAAUUAACCCAAACCCUGCACCUCUAAUUCAAAUCUGACCUUGCCAUUCCCACUCUCACCGCCCCCAAAGCCCUGGCAUUCCCCAGAUUCCCACCGAAAUCCGUAAUGGCGACCGCGCCCUCCAAAUCCGGCCCCAAACCCCACCCGAGGUCGCCCACCACCGCGCAGCCGCCGCCUCCGCCUCCGAACCCCGGCACCGCGGCUUCCGGCGGGUGCGCGCCGCCGUCGUCAGGGGCUGCCGGAGCGACGCCAUCGAAAAACGCGGCGAUGGCGGAGCUCAAGUCUCGAGUGCUCGCGGCGCUCGCGAAGCUCUCCGACCGCGACACGCACCACAUCGCCGUCGAGGAUCUGGACCGCAUCAUCCGCUCGCCUCCGUCCGCGGACGCCGUGCACAUGCUGCUCAACGCACUGGUCUCCGACUCCCAGGGGCUCGCCUCCCCGGCCAGGCGCGAGUCGCUGCGCCUCCUCGCCACGCUCUGCGCCGCGCACCCGGAGGUUGCCGCGCCGCACCUCCACAAGGUCCUCGCGCACCUCGCGCGGCGGCUCAAGGACCCGGCCUCCGACACCUCCGUGCGCGACUCUUGCCGAGACGCCGCGGGCCAGCUCGCCGCGGUGUACCUCCGGCCGAUGGCCGCUUCCGGUGCUGCCGAGGCGGGCAAUGCGACCGUGACGCUGUUCGUGAAGCCGCUGUUCGAGGUGAUGGGGGAGCAGAGCAAGGUGGUCCAGGGUGGGGCAGCCGCCUGCCUGGCGAAGACGGUGGAAGGGGCGGGGCCUGGGCCAGGUGUCAUCGGGAUGUUUGGGAAGCUUGGUCCUAGGGUGUGCAAGUUGCUCGGCGGGCAGGGCGUGCAAGCGAAGGGGGCACUGCUCGGCGUCAUCGGAAGCUUGGCGCAGGUUGGAGCAAUUAGUCCUCAGAAUAUGCAGCCGACGCUGCAAAACAUUCGUGACUGUCUUGAGAACAGUGAUUGGGCUACUAGAAAAGCAGCUGCUGAUACAUUAUGUGUCCUGGCUACCCAUUCAGGCCACUUGAUAGGUGACGGAACAGCUCCAACCAUUGCUGCCCUUGAGGCUUGCCGUUUUGAUAAGGUAAGGCCUGUCAGAGAUAGCAUGAUUGAUGCAGUACAGUUGUGGAAAAAGUUGACGGGAGAAGAUGGAAAUGCAGAUGGUAAAAAUAAGGAGCCAGCUGAUAGUGAAGGGAAACUGGACUCGAAAAGGUCAAUGCAAAGCAGUGGAAAAUUUGAAUCUUUCAAAGAUUCUUUUCCAGAUUCACCUACCAACAAUGAGAAAGGGAAGGGCAGUAGCAUAGCUGAAAAAGCAGCAAUUCUCUUAAAGAAAAGACCUACAUUAAUGGACAGGGAAGUGAACCCUGAGUUUUUUCAAAAGCUUGAAACAAGGAGUGCAGAUGACUUGGCUGUUGAGGUGGUAGUUCCCCGCAAAACAUUACUAUCUAAUUUACGAAAUAAAGAUGAAUCAGAAGAAGAUGGUGAUCCUGCUGGUCCAGCUAACAGCAAUGGAUCAGCUGACGACGAAGCAAAUCUGACACAAAUGCGUGCUAGCUCUAAUUUUCAGAACAUUCGUGAUAAAUGGGCUGGCCAAAGAGGAAAUAGAAACAAAGAUACAAAAGCUAGGGCAUCUGAUGUUGAAUAUAGGAGUGAAAAUAGUGCAAAAGAUUCUGCUGCUGCAACGAUGAACAUUCCUGGAGAAGGUCCUUCUAUAAAUAAUAAAACAAACUGGUUGGCAAUACAGAGACAGUUGUCACACCUGGAGAGGCAGCAAACCAGUCUAAUGAACAUGCUGCAGGAUUUCAUGGGAGGAUCCCAUGACAGCAUGGUUACUCUAGAGAAUCGAGUGCGUGGUCUUGAAAGAGUUGUUGAGGGGAUGGCUAGGGAAAUAUCACUAUCAUCUGGCAGAAGAGGUGGUGGUUCGGUGCUGGGCUUCGAUUCAUCUCCUGGCAGAUCAUCUAUGAAAUACAAUGGUUUUCAUGAAUAUCCUAAUUCAAAAUUUGGGAGGAGUGGUGAUGGGCGGAUGGGAUUUGCAGAAAGAUAUUUUUCUGCAGAUGGUAUGGCUUCUGGUUUAAGAAGCCCAUCUUGGAGACAAGAUUCUGAACCAUGGGACUCGUACGCAUAUUCUGGAUCAAGAAGCGGUGUGAAUGCUAGGAGAGGAUUAGAUUCUGUUUCAUCUGACAGUAGGAUGCCUCGAAAUGAACGGAGUAAUGAUCAAGCGGGUCCUAGGAGAGGUUGGGAUAAGGGGCAGGGGCCCUUUAGGUUUGGUGAGGGUCCUUCUGCUCGAAGUGCAUGGCGAGCCUCAAAAGAUGAAGCAACAUUGGAAGCUAUUAGAGUGGCAGGUGAAGAUAAUGGAAGUUCAAGGGCUGCUGCAAGAAUUGCUAUUCCUGAGCUGGAUGGAGAAUGUCUGAAUGGUGACAAUCAAGGGAAUGAAAGAGGCCUGCUUUGGGAGUCCUGGACUCGUGCAAUGGAUGCUGUUCAUGUUGGUGAUAUAGAUACUGCAUAUGCUGAGGUUCUUUCAACUGGGGAUGCUGAACUACUUGUAAAGUUAAUGGAGCAAACUGGACCAGUUGUUGAUCAACUUUCAAAUGAGGUUGCAAAUGAAGUCCUACACGCAGUUGGGCAGUUCUUGGUGGAAGAAAGCUUCUAUGAUAUAGCUUUGAACUGGCUCCAGCAGUUGACAGAUCUCGUAAUGGAAAACGGAUCUGAUUAUCUCGGGAUCCCUCUAGAUGCAAAGCAGGACCUUUUACUGGGACUUCACGAGGCUACUGCCAUCGAGCUGCCUGAUGAUUGGGAGGGGGCGACGCCGGUUCAGAUAAUGAAGCAGCUAGCUUCAUCCUGGCGCAUCGAUCUACAACAGCUUAUCAAUUAGACCCAUUGAUUGUUAAUAUGAAUUAAUUUCAUUUGUUCAUUACCGCCUGUUCUUGUUCGAUCUGUUUCUGUUUGGAGUAUCAAAUGUUAGAUUGGGCAGAAUGGAGAUGGCACUGUGUUGGAAUGGAUUGGUUGUAUGGGGAAAUAUGAUGUCGAUAUUGUCUCA